GAGUUGAAAUACUUGAGUGAUGAGGAAUGAGGUUGCUUUAGCAUAGGCUCGUUAGCCAAUGGAGUAUGCAUGAGAUAAUCUAUGAUACUAUGCAUAACACCAGGCCCUUUUUAUGAUGAUUGUCAGGUCAAAGGUUUGGUUGUUGAUGCCUAUUAUUUCUCACAUCCAAGUGAACCAAGCAGCAAAGCAGAGGCGUUCCCAAUUUAAAAAAAAAAACGUGAGGAUCAUGAUUGGAUAUUGGAUUUUACAAAAAAAAAAUGAUUGGAUUCCGAUAAGAAUAGCGUUGACUUCUUUUUACAAAUCAAUAGAAUAUCAUGAAAUAAUCUGAAUUUGAUUAGAGCUUACAAACAUUAAUAGAAAUAAUAAAUCAUUUUCAAUUGUGCUUAAUUAUCCACGACCACACUAGGUCAACGUAAUCUAAGAGGUAUCGUUUUGGCCAAUGAUCCACGUUACAACAGUUGAAUACGCUUCCUGUUUUUUUUUUUUUAAUACAUUAGUUUUGAUGCGAAAGAACAAUUAAAAUUUAAAAUGGAGGAGUCGUCAACGUCGAUCAUACCCGGCUUGACGGACGACGUAGCGGCGCUCUGCCUCUCACGAAUCCCGCGCUCAAACUUUCGUGUCCUUUCUCAAGUCUGCCGGCGAUGGAAGACCUUCCUCAGGAGCGAGCAUUUCGCCGCUGUUCGGAAGUUGACAGGGACAAUGGAGGAGUUCAUGUGUGUUUUCAUGAAAAGCAUCCGUGGCAGAAAAGUGUAUUGGGAAGUUUUUGACAGCUCCGGGAACAACCUGGGACAGAUUCCUCCUUUCCCUGGGCCAUUGAAGCGGGGUUUCUGCGUCGCGGUGAUCGGUGGCGAGAAGAUCUUGUUCAUCGGUGGAUAUACGGGUAUGAAAUACUGGGACUUCAGUAGGAUUCCUCCCAUUGCUUCGGGUGAUAUUAACGAGUUCAGUCUUUCUACUAAAAGAAACCCUCCCCUUGCUUCGGCUGAUGUUUACGAGUUCAAUCCUGCUACUAACAGCUGGAGAAAACUGGCAGACAUGAACAUACCACGUUACGACUUUUCAUUAGCUGAAGUGGACGGCCUUUUGUAUGUGGUCCAAGGCUUUAGCAAUGAUGGUUAUUGCCUUUUCAACACUGAAGUAUACAACCCGCAAACCAACCAAUGGAGCCUUAUGGAUGGUCCCGUAGCGUUUCCCAUCGGCGGCUUCGCCUUCUCCUUCAAGUCCAAACUCUAUGCUGUAGCCAAUGGAUCCACCACCAUGAACAUAUAUGACCCCAAAACGGAGACAUGGGAAGAGUUAGAUUUGAAGCAAUUAUUGUCGGUCCAUUCCAACACUGUUGUGAGGAACAUAGUGUAUUUUUUGGACCAAAACUCUGGAUGUCUGGGAGUUUUUGAUCCGGAGGAGAAUUCAUGGACUGAUGAGUUUCUGCCUACGGUGGAGGGAGGUUACCGGUCCGGAUUAGGGCAAUGGAACAAUAAGGUUCUGCUGUUUUCACGGCUUUCUGUACGUGAGACCUUAAUUAAUGGUUUUGAUAAAGAGGAAGGAUUCAAGUGGAGAGAUUGUGAUCAGAUUAAACCAUCUGGUUCUUACUUAAUACACGUUCUCAUCAACUUCUGAUUUCCUUCUCUGGCUCCAUCAUUUUGCCUAUAGUGUGUGUGUGUGUGUGGGCAACGUUUUGGGGCUGUGAGUCUUUGUGUGUCUGGCCACAAUGCCCGUCAACUUUGUCAAUGAUCUUUAUAUGGUUGGUGUGUAAUGAACUACUAAACUUGUGUGUGUGUGUGUGUUUUAAUGAUUAUUUCGCAUGGCUUUAGUUUUGAGAAAUAAAAUUUCAAUGAAAGUUGUCUGUUUUUCCA